UUGGAACAAUUGGAAUAUGCCACGAUGCUAAUUGCUGAUUUGGCCAAAUCGAAAUUGCGGCGAUAAGCGAAGUUGUUGUGCUUUGUGCCUGAAAUGAACAAAUGAGUUCUUCAAAAGAAAGCAGUGAGCAACUACAAGGUGCAAAAAAGGGACAUGUGUACUCUACAGAACAAAUGAAGGGUCAGAAACCAGUUGACUGCAAGGGUAUUUCUCGUGGUAAAUCCCCUAGUUCUGUUCAGGAAAUUCCUCAGCAAAAGGCUAAGCAGAACAUCUCACAAACUUCAGGCUCGUUUGGUUCUCCAAGUUCUACUGGUAAGGAAUACUCCUCAAAGAAGCCACCACCACCGAGUCAUGGGUCUGCAUUGUUCGGUAUAUUGCCUGCGUCGUUGUCAAAGUUUUUUGGUUCUGGAGAGAACAAGGGACGUACAUCUUCACAGGAGAAACGCAAUUCUGAAAGAAGAUUCUCAGAGCCUACUUCUCUUUCACCCAAGGAGAGUUAUCCUUCCAUAGGAAAGAGCACAUCGUAUCCAGAUCAAAUACCUCGAGAGACGAAGGAUAUAACCGAAGUUGAAAGCGGUAAGAUAAAAAAAGAGAAGGAAAAUUUUGUAAGUAGUGAAAAACAAGUAAUUCAUAAGGAGGAAAACGAUAAGAAAGCUGAGGCAAAGCACAACGACAAAGAAGGAGAAAAUACUGCAGCUGAUAUUUCUACCAAAAGUGGACGUCCUUCAAGAUCCAAUUCGCUCCCUCCGGAAUCUGAUCCUUUUUUUCCUCCGAAGCCACAGACUAAAGGAUUAACAGCAUCGAGAUCAAUUGAUGAGUUCUUGAACAAAAUUGCUCGUCCUCGUGGGCAGUCGUUUUCAGAAGGCCGUAAAAGUUUUGAUCUAGGUCAUACUAGUCAGCGCGUGGGUAGAUCCUCCAGUGAAAAUACUUCUUCUCGUUCACGUUCGCCUUCUGUGAUUGGCAAUUUAUUAAGCAGAAGUGGAAGCAAGGAUUCUAGAAUUAUCGUUCCCGCAACUGGCGCUCGACAACUACGUCCACAUGAGAUUAGCCGUCAGAAGUAUCUGGAGUGCCUAAAAAAGAAGCUGGUUCCGACAGAAUUUGUUUAUACCGGACAUGCUUCAGAAGUCUUGCUUAUGGGAGAUUGGCUUGAGUGGGAUUCUAUUCCUUUGAACUGGGAAGAAGAAAAAGGAUGUUUUCGUGUAGUUGUUGAUCUUCCUGUCGGUGAUCAUGAAUUUCGUUAUAUUGUAACUCCAAAACAGGAAAAUUCAAAUGAAAAGGAGAAAGCUGGAGAUGAUCUGUGAUUGUCAUCCUGUAACAUUGGUUGUAACUUUAAAAGUUUUGAAACUUCAAAUUUGGUUGUAUAUAACUUUUCUUCCCAUAUGAGUUGCCCAGAACCAUGUAUUAGUUUUGUAUUUGUAACACCAGGUUUUCGAGAAAUGUUUGUUUCUAGUAAAUUUAAAUCGAAACCAAGUUUCUGUCUUUUUGUAAAGAUGUAAUGAUUUCGAGAGUUUGUUUCUUAUUUCGUAAAGUUUCAGUUGUUUUUCAAGUUUGUAGCUUUUGUGUAUUCCUUGUUAGAUAGUUUAUAUAAAUAAGUUUUUACUUGC